UAAUGUGUUAAGCGAUUUUCAUUGAUAAAUAACGCACAUAACUGGAUGAUUACGACUGAAACCACUCGAUUUGAGAUGUGAUAACACACUGAAAAAGGUGAAGCAUUGUGAACAAUCAAUAAGAUAAUGAAUAUUAUUGACAGUUUUGAUGAAUUUAUAUAUGCACAAAUGUGUGACAAUAUUCUGAGUGAGAGAUUAAAAGAGAGGAGCUAAGUUAACACAAAUAUGAACAGUAAUGCAGCUGAUGAGAUUAUGGAACGUUAUUAUAUAACUGAAAAGAAAUUGAAACGUGAACGUCUGGAGGGACAACCAUUCUCUGUGAGUCAAGUGAUUUGGUUCGCCGUCGACACAACAUGGAUGGUGUUGAUAACAGUCCAAAUCGUUAUUAUGUUGACCAUAAUAAAUGUUCUAUGUGAAUUCUUCAUGAAAAAUGCCUAUGUGAAAUAUCUUAUUUUACUAGGUGGUUUCAUCCCACUGCUUCUCUUUCUCUUUGUGAAGAGGCUUCAAACGCACUGUCUCAUUGUUCGCAUACUGCUUGGAUUAUCAGUAACAAUGUGGUCUGUGUGCUUCGCUGCAUUAUUGGGUCCCAUUAACUUAAUGCCUGGAUUAGUGUCCCUAGGUGUGACAAUUGUUCUGUCAGUUAUCACGGUUGUUUUGGCUCUAAAGCUGCCACAGCUGAACGGAAAAGGAUUGUUUAUUUCGCUGACGACUCUACUUGCUGUCAUAUGUUUGGUAUUCGCUGAUGCAGUUGCGGGGAUCAUUGACAAAAAUAAUAAAAAUUUAUUAGAAAAGUUGCUCGCGGUACAAGGAAUACUUUCCUGCCUGUUUGUACUAAUUAUGAUGUUUAUCUGCGUCAAUAAACGACAAAUAAUUCUGGAGCCUCUGUCAUCCGAUUGCUCAGAAACAUUUCUAGCAUUCGUUGUCUGGUGUACGAUAAUAUGCCUGUUCACGCAAAUAUUAAUCUGCUUUCCAAAUUGGAGUGAUGGAAAAUGUCCGGUGAAAGGAGAAAACAAUGCAAACAUUUUAAAAGUUCUGUCCAUUCUUUCCAUACAAGAACGUUAAAUAAACAGUUGUAUUCACUCUCCUUAUAUUGACUACCGAUUUAAAAUCCACCUUUAUUCUCAUCACUGUUUGAUCCUCUGAUUUCCUGCAAUAUCUGAAUUCAUCAAAUAUAAAAUUAGAAGCGG